GGGGUGGGGGGCGAUUCUUCGGUGCCUGCUGGGGAGCCUUUGGGGGAAUGGAAGACAUUGAUUUAGCAUCUUGGGAUAAUGAGAUCACUGGUGUCUUGCCCCUGAGUUUUAGGUGGUUCUGUGUAUUGUACUGUGGGAAACUGGCACUGGGACAACUUCAGAAUCCAGGGAGGAUGGGAGGCAGGAAGAAGGAGCUAAUUUUUGACACAUUCCUCUGACGAGUGCCCCCUCUAGGGAAUCUGUGCCCAGGAUAAGGACUGCUUACUGUGAGGCUUUUGGCAUAGUUUUCCCCAAAUAGUGAGUGCUGGUUGCUUCCAUGUCACUUGUUAAAAAGAUUGACAAACUGAACGUUUGGAGAGCCCCUCUGCUGAGCCCGACACUGUAUUCUCUGCAGAUUUGGGUCCAUUCCCAUUCUGGGUUAGAACCUGCCCUCAUUUUGGAUGUCUGCUGGGAUUCCCGGGUGCCCUUCAUGGCUACUGAAAGCUGAAGUUGUUUGAUGGGUGGUAGCAGGGGCUGACUGCGAUGUGCAUGGACGUUCUUGUGAUGCCCGCUGUCAGUACGCCGUAUUGGCAGCCUGUCACACGUAUCUGGCACAGGCCGUCUCAUUACUUUCCUCUUGGACUGGGAGCUGCUCUGGAACAAGUGCAUACCAUUUCUUAGAAUUCUGUCUUGACUUUUCCUACUUCACUUUCUCAGCUGCAUCUCUACUGUACCCUGAUGGCUAGCAGAAUCAUGCCUUUGCACAUUAAAUCAGGAAGUGAAGUGAUAGUUAUAAUGCACACUAACUAAUCAAACGAAUCUCCAAGUUUGUUUCUGUUUUCUGUUUUGUUUUUUUUCGGCCGCUCAGCCUGUGGGGUCUUAGCUCCUGGAUCAGGGAUGGACCCCAAGCCCCACUGCAUUGGAAGGCAAAGUCUUAACCACUGGACCACCAGGGAAGUCUCCUCUGAGUUUGUAAAGAAAGUUAAUAUGUGCUAAGUUGCUUCAGUCGUAUCCAACUCUUGGACUGCAGCCGACUAGGCUCUUCUAUCCAUGGGAUUCUCCAGGCAAGAAUACUGAAGUGGGUUGCCAUGCCCUUCUCCAGGGGAUCUUCCUGAUCCAGAGAUUGGACCCAGGUCUCCUGCAUUGCAGGCAGAUUCUUUACCAUCAGGAGCCAUUAGGAAAAGUUGAUGGGCUCACUGUUUGUUUCUAGGGACCUCCUCAGCCCCACAAACACGCCUCCCUUCUUCUGUCACUGCUUAUUGGGCACCCUUUUCUCAAUCUUUCUCUUCCCACAAGGUCUUUCUCCUCCUGCACCAUCGCCACAUGCAUAAGUUAAUCUCACCAGAGGAAGUGAGAAGUGGAGAGUUUGCUAAAUACACAGUUGCCUGAAUCGAAAGGGGGUAGCCAUAGGUGACAAGCAUUUGGAAGCUGAGCUCCUUGAGGGCACAGCAUUGUAUUUCCAGCACAAUCACAGUACUUGGAACAAGGCAGCCACAGACUCAAUGAUGGCUGAGCCAAUUUGUCUUGCAAACUAAGCAGCAUUCUGAUUCAAGGCGCCCAGCGUGAUGGGGAGGUGAGAAAACUAAUAGAGGUUAGGCAUCCACCAUGUUCCAAGCACCUGCUAGGUGCUUUACAUGGAUAAUCCCAUUUAAUCCUCACAGCCCACACAUUAAGUGGAUAUUAUCUCCUUUCCACAAACAAACUGCAAGGGAUCAGGUGCCUACUCGGUCUCCUCAACUAGUAAACAGGAGAAUCACUGCCUGGAUUUCAGUCUUUUUGACUCAGCCCCUCGUAUACUGUUUCCAUCAUGCUGUGGCCAAGAUGCUGGUGUGGGUUCCUAUCCAUGAAAUGCGAGCACUAACCAUGCCUUCCUGUCUACCACAGGGGACAGUUAGGAGCAGGUGAGAAGUGUAAAGUAAUUUCUAAACAUCACUUAUCAUUAUCAAGUACCCACUGAUCCAUUUACUAAGCCAAAGAAUAUUUAUUGAACACACAGAUAGAUAUUGCUUAAGCUAUACUUAACAGGAAAUAUUUUUACUUGAAGCAGAGAUCCUGAAUACAUAAAAACUGACAUCAAAGGAAUUUAUAGAGCAGUGUGUCUCAAAGGUGAUCACCCAGUCAUCUUGCUGAAAACCACCUGGGAUGUUUUUGAAAAUAUGCUUUUCUGUCCCCUUCUCAGACAUAAGAAACCUGAACCCCUGUGGUUGGGAAGCCCUCUAACCCUGAAUUUUUAACAAGCAUGACUGGUGAUUCUUUUGCACAUAAAAGUUUGAGAACUAGUGAUAAAAACUUUUUAUUGAUUCACGUUGGUAGUAAGUUAUAUAUAUGGUUUAUAGAGGUAAAGUAAAGAUGCUCAAGGAGUAGUGGAAGUGCCAGAAUAAAGCACAGGUGAUUGUUAGAUUGCUAGAAAGACUUUUUGGUGAUUUGGUUUUAGGUUUUUGGUCAUUUAUUUAGGUUUUAAAGAACCUAAGUUUGAGUAUAUAGAAUGCUAGCAUGCUGAAGGUCAAGAGUGAUGGGACCCGCCACAGAGUGGGUUGGGGCGGGGGAAGGAUGGCAGUUAUGUGCAUUCCAGACUUAAAAAGAUCUUUCUUUUCCAGGACAGAUGGAGAGGUAAACUGAAGACCUGGGGUUGAUUUAUUUAUUCGGUUCCAUAUCCCAAAUAUUUAGAACAGUGUCUGGAACAUAGCAGGUGCUUAAAGACCUUUGCUUAACAAAUGAAUAAAAACAGGUGGAGGGAGAGAGCAAUGUGGUGAAUAGAUUAGAAUAGCUUGAUUAUGAUUAUUGUGGUUAAAGAAAUAGAGAAGGAAGACGCUGGGAAGGAAUCCUAGUGAGACCAGAUAAGGACAAGUUAUAAUUAGACUAAUACGGUCCUUACAGGAGAGUGCCUUCAGACAAACAAAUAAACAGUGCAAAAGCAAACCUGGGGUUUGUAUGGGAUCAAAUCAUCCAGCUGCUGUUUGUGUGUAUUAUCUUGGGAGCAGCAAUUACUACAUGAGGAUAAGGACUGAGUCUGUUUUGUUCUCCAAAUGAUCAGAGUCCUUAAUAAAUAUUUAUUGAAUAAGUGACCGGGUUUCCACAUGGGCUGGAAAAGAAAGCUUUUAAAUGAUACAAAAAUAUCUUGUAAAAAGAGAAGAAGAAUCUUGAUGAAUGCUAACCAAUAAUGGAUGAUGAUGAAAAUAGCAAAUCUUCAUAAAAGCUGCAAGUUCUUAGGCAGUCUAUUUGGAAUGUAGGAGCAUCUCCAUCUGAUGGUUUGCCGGUCACCAGACAGUGCUUUGCUGUUCAUGUCACUUUCAUUUUGCUGUGUCGAAAAUCCACUGUGAUGCCUAGCACAGUGCCUUGCCGAUGUUGGCUAUUGAAUAAGUAAUUGCUGAAGAGUUCAAUCUGUGAAUGAAGGGUAUUGACUUGGGGUGGGGGAGGGGGGAAAUCGAAAGCAGAUGAGGAAGAGAGUUGCCUUCCUUCACUUAGAAUUCCCAGAGUGGCCUGUGGUCCAUUGACCUUUAGCAGGCAGAUUUCCCAUAUAACUCAAAGCCUGGGUAUUGUAAUCUUGGGAAGAAGGAUGCUUGCUAAGGCUUCUUAAUCAUCCACGGUGUCAAGACACACUUCAAGAGGAUCCUUAGAAGUGUUGGACAAGCUUCACCACGCGUGGCAGGUGCUGUGCUGGCCACCUGUGACCCAAAGAUGAUGAUAAGGAUGUUCCUGCCAACAAGGAGCUAGCGGUCCACAGGGAUUCCUCUUGCUAAUGACCCGAGUCCUGUCUGAAUCUACUUACAAGAUUCUGAAGCCUGAACAGAAAAUUUUGGCACUGCACUGGCAUUGCAAGAAGUAGAUAAUAUCAAGGACAUCAGGAGUGGGAGAGAUUGGAGACUCAGCAGGUACUGAGCCUUUGUGUUGUUGGCAAAGGAGAGACAGAAAAGGAUGUCUUCCAAGCGACCAGCCUCUCCGUAUGGGGAAGCAGAUGGAGAGGUAGCCAUGGUGACAAGCAGACAGAAAGUGGAAGAAGAGGAGAGUGACGGGCUCCCAGCCUUUCACCUUCCCUUGCAUGUGAGUUUUCCCAACAAGCCUCACUCUGAGGAAUUUCAGCCAGUUUCUCUGCUGACGCAAGAGACUUGUGGCCAUAGGACUCCCACUUCUCAGCACAAUACAAUGGAAGUUGAUGGCAAUAAAGUUAUGUCUUCAUUUGCCCCACACAACUCAUCUACCUCACCUCAGAAGGCAGAAGAAGGUGGGCGACAGAGUGGCGAGUCCUUGUCUAGUACAACCCUGGGAACUCCUGAAAGGCGCAAAGGCAGCUUAGCUGAUGUUGUUGACACCUUGAAACAGAGGAAAAUGGAAGAGCUCAUCAAAAAUGAGCCAGAAGAAACCCCCAGUAUUGAAAAGCUACUCUCAAAAGACUGGAAAGACAAGCUUCUUGCAAUGGGAUCAGGGAACUUUGGUGAAAUAAAAGGGACUCCCGAAAGCCUAGCUGAGAAGGAGAGGCAGCUCAUGGGUAUGAUCAAUCAGCUAACCAGUCUGCGAGAGCAGCUGCUGGCUGCCCAUGAUGAGCAGAAGAAACUGGCUGCGUCUCAGAUUGAGAAACAACGCCAGCAAAUGGAGCUGGCCAAGCAGCAGCAAGAACAGAUCGCAAGACAGCAGCAGCAGCUUCUGCAGCAACAACACAAAAUCAAUUUGCUUCAGCAGCAGAUCCAGCAGGUUCAAGGUCAACUGCCGCCAUUAAUGAUUCCCGUAUUCCCUCCCGAUCAACGGACACUGGCUGCAGCUGCCCAGCAAGGAUUCCUCCUUCCUCCAGGCUUCAGCUAUAAGGCUGGAUGUAGUGACCCUUACCCUGUACAGCUGAUCCCAACUACCAUGGCAGCUGCUGCCGCGGCAACACCAGGCUUAGGCCCACUCCAACUGCAGCAGUUAUAUGCUGCCCAGCUAGCUGCAAUGCAGGUAUCUCCAGGAGGAAAGCUCCCAGGCGUAUCCCAAGGCAACCUUGGUGCUGCUGUAUCUCCUACCAGCAUUCACACAGACAAGAGCACAAACAGCCCACCACCCAAAAGCAAGGAUGAAGUGGCACAGCCACUGAACCUAUCAGCUAAACCCAAGACCUCUGAUGGCAAAUCACCCACAUCACCCACCUCUCCCCAUAUGCCAGCUCUGAGAAUAAACAGUGGGGCAGGCCCCCUCAAAGCCUCUGUCCCAGCAUCAUUAGCUAGUCCUUCAGCCAGAGUUAGCACAAUAGGUUAUUUAAAUGACCAUGAUGCUGUCACCAAGGCAAUCCAAGAAGCUCGGCAGAUGAAGGAGCAGCUCCGGCGGGAACAGCAGGUGCUUGACGGGAAGGUGGCUGUUGUGAAUAGUCUAGGUCUCAAUAACUGCCGGACAGAAAAGGAAAAAACAACACUGGAGAGUCUGACUCAGCAACUGGCAGUCAAACAGAAUGAAGAAGGAAAAUUUAGCCAUGCCAUGAUGGAUUUCAAUAUGAGUGGAGAUUCUGAUGGAAGUGCUGGAGUCUCAGAAUCAAGAAUUUAUAGAGAAUCCAGGGGGCGUGGUAGCAAUGAACCCCACAUAAAGCGUCCAAUGAAUGCCUUCAUGGUGUGGGCUAAAGAUGAACGAAGGAAAAUCCUUCAAGCCUUUCCUGACAUGCACAACUCCAACAUCAGCAAGAUACUGGGAUCUCGCUGGAAAGCUAUGACAAACCUAGAGAAACAGCCAUACUACGAGGAGCAAGCCCGUCUCAGCAAGCAGCACCUGGAGAAGUACCCUGACUACAAGUACAAGCCCAGGCCGAAGCGCACCUGCCUGGUGGAUGGCAAAAAGCUGCGCAUUGGGGAAUACAAGGCAAUCAUGCGAAACCGGCGGCAGGAAAUGCGGCAGUACUUCAAUGUUGGGCAACAAGCACAGAUCCCCAUCGCCACGGCUGGCGUUGUGUACCCGGGAGCCAUCGCCAUGGCUGGGAUGCCCUCCCCUCACCUGCCCUCGGAGCACUCCAGCGUGUCCAGCAGCCCGGAGCCCGGCAUGCCUGUUAUCCAGAGCACGUAUGGUGUGAAAGGAGAGGAGCCACACAUCAAAGAGGAGAUCCAGGCUGAGGACAUCAACGGAGAAAUUUAUGAUGAGUACGACGAGGAAGAGGAUGAUCCGGAUGUAGAUUAUGGGAGUGACAGUGAAAACCAUAUUGCCGGACAAGCCAACUGAUAAGGGUCAAAAGAUUGUUGUGACCUUAGGACUUAAAGAAGCCCUAGCUGGUUCAUCCUUACCAGUGGCCAAGCACAUUAACUUUCUCAUACACUGACUGUUACUUUAACUGUUAGUCUUAACUAGUUGGGACAUCAGCUGACUAAUAGACCUCAGCCUCAAAAGGCUUGGAAAGGAAAUAAAAAUACAACAAGCAGACGACAAUAUCAACAACAAGAGAUUGAAAUAAGCUAUGGGUAAAAUAAUGCCAGUAAUUCAGCUGCUACAUCCAAGCACUGAAGUCUUACCCGUCAACUUUUUUUUUUAAUAAACUUUAUGGCUGUUUGUUCUACAAUGUUCUAGAAAUUCUCACUCAGGUACACAGUGCCAACAAGUGGCUUGUGAAUGUGUUUUGUUGUUUUGUGCUACAAUUUUUAAAAGAAAUAAGUUUUGUUUUGUUUUUCGGGGUUUCUGGGUUUUUUCCUUUCCUUUUCUUUCCUUUGUUUUUUUUUUUUUGUUUUUGUUUUUGUUUUUGUUUUGUUUUGUUUUGGUAAUGCACCUGACAGAAAAAAAAAAAAAAGAAAGAUGACUUUCUCUUUCAUUCUCUCCACCUUUUCCAUCUCUAUACUUUAAAGAUGGAAGUCUGUGCAUGGGGGGGAAGAGGGAAAAUAGCCUGUUUUUAACUUCCUUGGUAUCCACCACAAAAUAAGCAAUCAUUUUCUUUAGAGGACUUUCCUUAUCUGUUGCACACCACACUACAUCUUUGAGUAAGUGCCAAAUUUGUACUCAAGUGUUGACCCAGUUGAUUUUUUUCCCUUUCCUUUUUCCUGUUCCUUCUUAAAUUAGGACAGUGUUAUAUCUUAGACAAUCCCUUGAAAAACCUGAAAUACCAGCAGCUGGUGAGAUUUGACUUUUUUUUUUUAAUGGAAACUGUAGGUGCUGUUCUCAGGUGAAAAGAGAGAGAGAGACAUAAGAAAUUUAGAGAAAAAAUAUUUUCUAAUCUUGGAUUUUUGUGUGUAUGUAUGUGUGUGAUUAUGGUACUAAUAGGAAUAAUGUUGGAUCAUUGUGAGUUAAACCCACAUCUGGGGAUGAAAUCCCACAUCCUUCUAAAUGACUGGUCUGGAAGCAUCCUUGACCUUGACUUUGCACUUCAAAUGACAACUUAACCAAUAUAGGGCUCAGAAAUUAUAUUUUUAAAUUUCUAAUAUGAUUAUUAUUGGAUGGAUCAGGUGGCCCUGUAUAGUAGAGGGGUGCGUGUGUAACGUGGAAGCCGAAUUCUCCCAGAUGUUCCACUAACAUUUGCUACUUAACGAUUUCUGUUUGUUUUUUCCUGUUGGUAACUUCAAGCAAAACAGUCGUUUCCUUUGAAUAUAUUUGCCCAUUUUCUAGAAAUAUAGGAUUAGCUUAUUUCUUCAACAUUCCAUCCUUUCCUGAUCAAGAAAUGGAACUGAUGAUUUUAUAAGGUAUUCUUAAUCCCUCCAUGAAAUGAGAUGGAGGCCAUUUGCAUUUCAGAAUUGUGGGCCAGGUACAUUUCACACCAUAAAAAGCAGGAUUUGUUCAGAAAUCAUUGCAAUGCUUGCCGCUGCUCUACUCUUGCUGUAAGACGUAUCCACUGAAGUCCAGUUUCUGAUUCCAGCAGAGUGUGUGCACAGAGCAACACUGAUGGUGAAAGGACUGCCUAGUUAGACUCUGCUAGCCAAGUGCCGAGGCAGUUGUAGGGCUCGUUCAGAUAAACGGGAAAUCAUCUAAAGUGAAUCAGCGCUGCUCAUGCUGAAGCAUUAGACAGGAAAUACUCCAACCAGUAGAUUGGAUGUGCUAUGGUUUUCACUCCAGUCAUCAUUUUCCUGUCCCACCCUCCCCAAACCUGACCCUUAAGUUUGAUUUUUACAUAUAAAUAAGAAAAAAAAAAACCCUUUUUAUUUUUCUCUCUCUCGAAAGACUUGCUCUGGGGUUUUGCUUGGAGGAGCUAAUCAUACCCUGCAUGUCAGAGACUUUGUUUUGUUUGUUUUUCUGUUUGUUUUUGAUGACUGUAUUUUCAUUUGAACUGCCUCUUUUUGCUAGUGUUGUAAUGAUGAUGGUGAUAAAAUAAUAAUAAUAAUAGUAAUAAUAAUAAUAAUGGUCAGCUGUUCCCAGAUUAGUAAGUUAUGUAUAAUUUAUUUCUCCCUUUCUAUUUUAUUCUCCUCUGAUUUGGAAGUGCAGUCAAUAAGUUGUUAGAUAUUUAAAACAAAUUUCCAUCUCCAACGUGUGUGUGUAUAUAUAAACAUAUAUAUAUAUGCAUACACAUGUGUGUAUGUGUGUGUAUGUAUAUGUAUACAUACACACGCAUACACACAUAUUCACUCACACUGUUUCGUUUCUCCUUCCAUAAGUUUUCUCCUUUUUAAAAAUUUGGCCCCAACAAACGUCAAGUUCUGGUGUUUUAAUACAUACAAGUGAAUUCCUAAGAGGGUCGUGUUCAAUCUUAAUUAACUUAUGCUCUCAUCACUCAUUUUAUUUAAUUGCCACAUUCAUCUAGAGCCAAUUUUUUUUUUGUUUUUGUUUGUUUUGUUUUGUUUUUAAGCACUCUGGAUAAAAAAAAAUAGACACUUGUUUUUAUAUCGUUAUUAUGUACAAUGUGAAAACAGAUUUUUAAAAAUUUGUUGUCUUUGUUAACAAAUUCUUUCUGACUCAUGUGCGUUCACCUCUCACUUUUGCUGGAUACUUAUUUCCCACCAUGUUAUAAAGAUGCUUCGUUUUCAUUUCAUGACUUUGGACUACAAGAAUACUUUGUUUUAGCUCCAGGUAGAUGCCUCUGAGGGCGUUCAUGACCAACACCAGUUCUAACACACUUAGCAGUGAAUUGACAAAACACUUUUGUUUAGUCUUUUUUUGUUUGUUUUUUUAUCUUGUUUUAUUUGAAGAGGAAAAUGAAAUUGUUAAUGGUGACCUUUAACAGCUGAAAUUCAAGAGUUGAUUUUAAUGUUACAUAGUUAGGUUUAUGUCAGAGAGAUGAAAAUGUGCAUGGGUUGAAACAAAGAGCAAGUUCAUAGCUUUGCAUUCUGUUCUCUUGUUUUGAUGUCCAAUUCACUGAGGGUCACAAUUGUUUUGCCUUAACUUUCCCCCCCCAAAAAAAAACAAAAAAAUCAUGUUAGUGUUUAAAAUGCUUUGAAGUCAUUUGAUAAAGGUGCUAUGAAUGGCAAAGUAUUGGGUUAGCACAUUGCCUUUGGGGCAUUUGAUUGGUUUAUAAGUUUUGUAAAAGAUCCUAUAACCUGUAUUCUUUUUCUGUGCCCCUUAAUGACCAAAAAAGACAAGGGAGAGGAAAUGAGAGUAAGAUCAAACUCAAAUGAACAUAAAGUUUCCCUUCUCUUUCAUUCCCUACCUACCUACCUGUUCACUUUUCACAUACCGCCCCCCACCCCCGUCUCUCUCUCUCUCUCUCUCAUACACACACACACUCACACACACACACACCAACACACACGCUCACCCCAGUACUGAGGGAUAAUCUUGCCAGAAUUCUGUUUUUGUUUUUGUUUAUGGCUGUUGUAAUCAAUUUUUCUAAAAAUACUCAUAUUUUAAUAUGAAUCUAGGAGAGCAUCACUGGAGAAAAUAGGUUACAGUUACUCAUAUAUAAGAUACUAAGAAUUUGGCCAAUAACUACAAUUGAAUAAAAUACAAGACUAUUCUUCAGUCCACUUAUACCUAAAUUAGUUAAGUCAAUUCUUAACGUUUAUUUGGCAUAUGCAGUUAAGAGUUAACCAUGUAUAAAAUCCCUCCCAAAGAGCGUAAUCAUUAUUGCAACCAAAUCCUCUUUAUAAGAAACAAAUAUAAAAGAGUUUUUUUGAUGAAAUCAUUUCAUAGAUUUGAUUUUGACAUAGGCGUUUUACCUUCAUUCAUUUAAAGAAAAUUAUCUUUAAAUAUUUUAUGGUCCAACUUCAGAUAUUUUCUUAAUCCAGAAGAUGUUAUUGUUCCCAGAAGAAAUGUCUUAUAUCACAUUGAAAACAUCAAAAGUCAUUACAUUUUCAUUUGUUCUAAUGGGUAAAUUAUUUGAAUUGUAAUAAACAACUGUAUAUUUACAAACAGGUUUAUAAAAUAUUUGUCUAUCAAGUUAAUAGUAAAAAUUAUAGGGUCUGCAAGGAAAAAUAUGAAGCCCACUUAAAGUGGUUCAGAGAUCUCUUUCAUCUUAUAGGGCAUAGGUUUUUGUUUAGACAGGCUUUUACAGUAUUUAAUUUUCAUGUUUCCUCUAACUAUCGGUUUCCCAGGUUGAAGAUGUUAGGUUUUCUACUGACUGAUUCCUGUCCUCCCCAGCGUUUGUCACGGGCUCCCUAGAACAGUAUUUAUACAGCUCCACCGGCUCUAAAGCUUGUAGUCCUUCUAACAUUUGGGAUUUUAUGAGUAAAAAUGGGAAAAAGUAGAAAAGAGACAAUCAAAUGCCUGGAGCUUAAAACAAAGUAUGUGCAACCUACCAUCUCACUUGAAAUUUAAUAAAAUAAAUAAUUAUGUAAAUAUAACAUAGAGUUAUAGAUUUAUAUUUUGUUCAUAACACAUAGUGUAAUAUAAGUUGUAUAUUUUCUUGUUUUUGGUUUUAUGUUAUCAUUCAUGCCACAAUAAAAAUAAAACAGGAGUUUAUGUACUCUUAAAAAAAAAAAAGAUGUGGGUUGCCACCAACCUGUUUUUUUUUUUUUUUUUCGGUUUGUUUUUUGUUUUUAUUUUUUGUUUUCGCAUUCUCUUUUUUCAGUAUUACUGCCAUGCAAGGCACCAAUAAAAACAGCAGAUGUGUUCUUUA